GGGCUGGGGGGGCACCCCGAGCCCUGCGACUGGCUCAUCACCAAGGUCAAGGUGGACUACACGGCCGAGAACAUGGAUCAUGGCAAGGCCUGGGGCUACCUGACCUUCAGGGGCAAAACCGAAGAAGAGGUGAGAGAGAUUGACAAAGUCAUGUACCAUGACUGGCGAAUGGUGCCCAAGCACGAGGAGGAGGCCUUCAAGAAAUUCACCCCAGUGCCAGAAGAGACCAUUCGGUACCUUCCGUACCCGCCUCUGCUCCGAGCCAUGAUCCUUGCUCAGUGGCAGAAAGAGGGAAAACCAAUCACAGAGGAGCCGAUGCUCGAUCUGGAGAAGGUCACAGCUUCUCGCCCUCAGGUCUCGAAGCAGAAAGCUAAAGGGACACCAGUAUAA